AGCGGAUACCCAAAUUCAAGGUCUGGCUCAAAUGCUAAACCCUUUGCAGUACUUCCUGUUCCCGAAAAUGAAAUGACAUUAGGGUUUAAACUCUCGAAAUUUUCAAAUCCAAUAGAAAUCCCCUUUUCAAUUCUGCAAUCCAAAAUCAAGGUCGAAAUGGCAAUGCCACAGCUGUUUGGGCGUACGAAGAACGUUACAAAGAGAUCGAAGAAGUACUUAGAAGAAGCACUGUACGUUAGGCUUUUCAAAGAAGGGAGCUCUGAGGUUAGCGUUAGACAACAGUUGAAUGAGUUUCUCAAGAGCUCCAAGCGCGUCUACAAAUGGGAAGUUGGGGAUACUAUCAAGAAGCUCCGCGAUCGCAAUCUUUAUUAUCCUGCUCUCAAGCUAUCAGAAGCUAUGUCAAAGAGGGGCAUGAAUAAGACAGUCAGCGAUCAAGCUAUUCAUCUAGAUUUAGUUGCCAAAACUCGAGGAAUUCCUGCUGCAGAAAAUUAUUUCAUUGAUCUUCCUGAAACAUCUAAAAACCAUCUAACAUAUGGAGCCCUUCUCAACUGUUAUUGUAAAGAAUUGAUGACUGAAGAAGCUGAAUCUCUUAAAGAAAAGAUGAAGGAGCUCAAUCUCGGUUUGAGCUCCAUGUCCUACAACAGCCUGAUGACCCUAUACACAAAAAUCAGUCAGCCUGAAAGGGUCCCAGCAAUCAUUCAAGAAAUGAAAGCUGACAAUAUCAUGCCAGAUUCUUAUACAUACAAUGUUUGGAUGAGGGCUCUAGCAGCUGUUAAUGAUAUUUCUGGUGUUGAACGAGUAAUUGAGGAGAUGAAGAGGGAUGGUCGAGUUGCUGCAGAUUGGACAACAUAUAGCAACUUAGCCUCAAUUUAUGUUGAUGCUGGCUUGCUUGACAAGGCAGAGAAGGCACUGAAAGAAUUGGAGAAGAGAAAUGCACAUCGAGAUCAUUCUGCUUUCCAAUUCCUAAUUACUUUGUACGGUCGAAUAGGGAAGUUGCUUGAGGUUUAUCGGAUAUGGCGUUCUCUGAGACUGGCUUUUCCUAAAACUUCAAACAUAAGCUAUCUUAAUAUGAUCCAAGUGCUAGUCAACUUGAAGGAUUUACCAGGUUCAGAGAAAUGUUUCAGAGAAUGGGAAUCCAGUUGCUCAAAUUAUGAUAUAAGGAUUGUGAAUGUUCUAAUUAAAGCUUACGCCAAAGAUGGUUUGCUGGAAAGGGCAGAAGAGCUCAAGGAAAGGGCCUGCGGGAGGGGGGCAAAGCCUAAUGCUAAAACUUGGGAAAUAUUUUUGGAUUAUUAUUUAGAGAAAGGGGAUGUCAAAUUGGCAGUUGAUUGUGUAGCCAAUGCAAUAUCCAAGGGUAGAGGGGAUGGUCAGAAGUGGGUCCCAUCACCUGAGAUCGUAAUGUCUUUCAUGGAGCAUUUUGAGCAACAGAAGGAUGUUGACAGCGCGGAAGCUUUUAUUGAGAUUUUGAAGAAGGCUGUGGACAAUGUAGGGGCAAAUGUGUUCGAGUCGUUGAUAAGAACUUAUGCAGCUGCUGGAAGGACAAGCAAUGUGAUGUGUCGACGAUUAAAGAUGGAGAAUGUAGAGGUGAGUGCGCCAAGUCAGAAGUUGCUUGAAGUGAUAACUGUGGAGUGAAUUUUAACAGCUAUUCCAGUUUUGUUGUUAAAAUUGCAAUUUAUGUUAAGCAAUUUUACACAGUUUAAACUCUCCAUUUGUUUCAAUAAUGAACUGUGCCAUAUACUCGGUUAUGAUGAAGAUUCAUAUAGUGAAAUGGUUACCACAGCCUAACCAAAACCAAAA